CCGGCAAGAACUCUCAAGUGCCACUCAAUGCCCAGAUACCAGUAGUGUACGUCGGAGCUUGACUUUGUUGUUGAGUGACUGACACUUAAAACACGUUCAAUGGCGGCCACACUCUUGUUCUGUUUUGAAAUCUACUGAAAGCAUACAAAGAACACUAACCAAAAGGAACAUAGAGCAACCUAGUGCACUUGCGUGUUCUCUGUGAUCUUUCCCGAGAUGCAAAGAUGAAAUUCUACCGAAUGACAAUCAUCCUGACCUGCUGCGCCCUCGCCACAACCGACGCAGCUUCCUUAACAGACCGUCCGCCAGCAGGAGUUCCCCAAGACGCUUCCGUGGUUGGAGCGAAAUCAGCUUUUUGCCAAGACACCGGCACUGUUCUGACGUGCGAUUUUCAAUGGGACCAAAAGAAUGUUUAUUUACCGGGCCACGGAAUCGCGAAAGGCCACGACCUGGUCAUCCUCCAGCGAGUUCACAACCUGGUCCUCGAUCGCCGGGCUUGCCUCAACCUCAGCCUGCGAGAGGUGGCGCACGGGAGGGCGGAGGGCAUCGUGGAUGAAUCCUGCUCGAAGGUUGAGCUGUCCCUCCGAAACGUAAGUCUUGGUGCGGUUGAGGCUCCGGUGACUUCGCUGUACGCUUACAAGUCGCAUCUGGAGAGAAUUGCGAUGAGGGACGUCGACUCGAAGCUGACCAUAAUCGGUUCCUCCGUCGGCGAGUUCGAUGUGGUGCGCGUCGCUGACAGCGGCGUGAUGGUGCAGCUGCACAGCACGACGGUUAAGCGGCUGAAGAACCUCCACGUUGCGGGCGACUCGAAGGUCCACCUGCAUGGCGUCACGUUCGAGGGCGAGUUCAAGCUUGUGUUGGCCUCCAAGGGAAAUCUUCUGACUGCGAUGCAGUUUCCACCACUGAAGAUAGAAAGCGACCAUUCAGCGGUCCUCACCCUCAAACAUGGCGCUGAGGUCACCCUCGAGGACAUACGGGGUGGCCUCAAGAUCGACGUGCCUGCCUGCCCAGCCUUCCAAGGGAAACCCACGGAGGACUCUCUCUCUGCGACCACAUCGGAGCCCGAAGAUCAGGAGCAAAAUGUGCUCCUCCUGCCCUUCUUCGCUUCGCUUGCUUUAAACGCCGCACUUGCAAUACCACUCAUUUGCAUUUGUGGACGUUCAAUCUCGAAGGUGGAGAGUGAAACAAAGGAAACUAAGAACAGCAAAAAACCACUUCUAGUCUCUUCGGAUGAAAUGCCAUAUCCUAGGGUCAAGAAAAAAAGGAAAAACUAUAUAUUAUCAAAUUUCCAGUCAUACAUACGACUAACAAGAACGCACUUGCGUCCGAGAAAAUGUCGACAGAAAACUAAUAAUAUAAAACAUUCUGCAAAGGCAGAAUUCAGUGGAAACAGCAUCGGUCACAGUGCAGAUGUGAUUAAAAAACUGAACGAAAGAGAGCAAAGGCCAAACCACAGAAAGGCACGUCAGAGAACUUUAACCUACCAUGGCCCUUACACUGAAAGUGAACUCAUGCUUUGCGCAACGUCGUCUGAAGAUGGGGAAUCGUAUACGACAACCUCAUCAACAGAUACACGCCUAAGCAGUGUGAUAAGUCAUGUUUAAAUAAUUUUGUUUGUCUGGUCUACAACCUAGUGCCGAGUAAUGUGAAAAUAUAAAAAUCGUUACAAGCUCCCAGCGAG